AUUUUACUCUGUAUCGCUAUAUGCACUAUCGUACUUAUUAAUCGUAAUACGUAUCGUAAGUCUCAUAAAUUAUUUACUUUCAAUUAAACCCAUUAUAAAGAUGAGGUGACGUGGUCUUUCUUUAUUUAAACAUAACGCAUAUGCAUUCCAUUUCAUAGUUUCAGUAGUUCAUCUCAUUAAUAAUGGCUGGUACUCCGGUGAAGUUGGGUUCGAUUUUAUCCUUUUGUAUUGUACUAUAUGCAGUGUAUUACCGCAAAAACGAUAUUGGAGACGAAAGGUUGUCACCAGUCAAAGAUCAUUUAUUAUAUUUGGAGAGCCAGAAUAAAGUAGGGGUCGGUAAUCGACAGCCGAACGUAGCUUUAGGGUACGGAGCAUGCCACGAUCUCUUCGUAAACGCAACCUCAUUACUAGAUUAUAGAGAUCUGAAAGGAAGACCUAAACAUUUUGAUGAAAUAAAAAAUAAAGAAGAAUUUUUGAAAAGUUUUUCAUAUUUCUUCAAACAUGGAGCAGCUGCAGAGAGAUUUAUGUCCAACUCGGAUUUGUUUGAUGAACUAAUUGAACAAGCUCUAAAAAUACCAGAUUCUAGAUGGUCCAUAGGAGGCAAUGCUCCUCUCAUGGCUAAAAGAUUCUUUUUAGAAGGAUGGAAGGUACUUUUAGCAGCAAAAAUGAGUGGAACCCUUAAGUCAUACAUUCCAAGUGGUAUCCAAAUAGUUGGUAAUGCGGAUGAAGAAGAUAUUAAGGAUGAUGUCCAUAUGAUUCUGGAAUAUAAAGCAGAUGAAACUUUUGGUAUUUAUAAAACCCCAAGAGCAAAUAGGUAUAUACUUCACAAUGAUGAAAAUAAUCCUCUUUUAAGUUCCUUGGAGAAAUUUGGUGAACACUUGCCCAGUUUCAACCCAAAUUUACUAGUCAUUAGUGGACUACAGAUGAUGGACAACUAUCCAUUUAAAAAAAAUGAUGUGAGAGAUUUGAGAACCGAAAGACUUGAAUUAGUUAAGAAACAAAUAUUAUCACAGCCUCUUAAAACACUUGCUCAUUUUGAGAUGGCUAGCUAUGUAGACUUGGAUCUUCUUUUGCACCUUACCAACAAAGUUUUACCUUUUGUUGAUUCUGUUGGUAUGAAUGAACAGGAACUUGAUAAUUUAUGCAGUGUCUUAGAAUUAGGUAGGGUCAGUGUAGUAGCAGAUUCCAAUCCACGUGUUGCUACAGCUUUAGAUCAAAUGCGUAAAAUUUUUAAGAUUGUAAGGCAAAAGAAUGUUCAGUAUGAUAGCAAGAGAAAGUUGACUCGUAUUCAUGUACACACAUUAGCAUAUCAAGCAAUAUUAACAGUGAAAAACUCAGCAUGGAAGCGUACUGAAGCCGCUGUUGCAAAAGCAUCAUUAACUGCCCAUAGAUAUGUGUGUAAUAAUCUUACUAUAGCACUAGAAAAGACAAAACUAUUACUUGAUGAUAGUUUCUCUACAACUACAGAUAACAAUAAUAACAGUAGGGUCUUUUUUGAGCCCACUAAGCCUGUGGCUUGUUGGGAUGAAAUGAUAAGUAAUGAGAAUGUAGAUAUAUGUGUUGCACCAGUUCUUAUAUGCACAGAAGCACAAUUGACUGCAGGUGCAGGAGAUAAUAUUUCUGCAGCAGGACUAGUAUUACAAGUUGAAAAAUAAUUGUUUUUGUAAUUAAAAAUAUAAUCAAUUUCCUUUUAUAUAGAAAAUGUAUUUUAUGUGCUACAAAUAAUAUUUAAUAUCAUGUUCCCUCAGUAAUGUGCCAUAACAGAACAAAAUUGUAUUUUUUUUUUUAUUUUGGAAAACCUGCUUAUUUACUCUUAGCAUGUCUUUUUUAGAAAUUGCUAAAUUAAAAGUAACGGAAAUAAAUAAUAUUAGGCAACAUUAAGCAACUGAAAAGUUUUUAUUGACACUUAUUUCAAUAAAAAGAUAUGGUUUAUUAAAUAAUUCUAAAAAUAAAUAAUAAUGUCAAGUAUAAAAAAAUAUUGAAUUCUAAAUCAUAUGAACAAUAUGGGAAAUGGAAUUGAGGGUUAAUAUGUACAACAGAUUAUAGGAAAAAUAGAUCUUGAUAUGUCUGUUAUUGUAAAAAAAGAUAGAAGGCAAUGAUGAUCAUCAAUUUCUGUUGACUGUUGCCAUGUUGGGGUAGUGCUAAUAUUAUGGACUAUCAUAUUCAUUUAUAAUCUUAGUGACAAUGCCUGUAUGUUCCUAUGGCUUAUAUUUUAAACAAAAAUCCUAAUUUUAUGAAUCUUUAAUGAGGCUAAUUUAUUAAAUUUCUUUACAUUCCUAAUUUAAAUUUUGUGUAAUGUUGAAAUAAAAAAUAUUUAGACAA